UUGUACAGCUCGGUGCCGUGAAAUGCUCGGGGCGGCUUGGGCGGUCGGCAAUGGGAUGGAAGGAAUUUGCAGAGAUUACUAAUGAACUCAUCGUCGUCAUAGACCCAUAUCUGGCUGUCGUACGCACCUUGCCUUUGCGCUGGAGGCGGAGGCUGGAGAGCAUAGAAUUGAGAUCGGUGAUUUCAUUUUGUCAACCUUUCGUAGUUGUUUUUAGACCAAGCAUUGAGGGAUUUAGCAAACGUGCCGCUUAGGAUCACAAAUUUUAUUGGUGCCAAGGCAUGCAUAGGCUGUGACUAUUGAGCAGCUAAGAGCUGAUCAAACACACUGAUUUUGAUUUACAUUGUCAAAUAGUUUGUAUUUAUUUGUGAAAUUGGUCCGAAAGCAUGUCCUUACUCAGGGUUAAGGUGCAACACAUCUUUGACUGUUUUUGCGAAGUUUCAACAUCACAUGAUGGUGAUCAAAGGACACAGAUCAUCCAGAAGUUCCCUGACUCAUUCCAAGAAGACAGCAUCCUUGAUAUGGUGCCAAACUUCACAUAUCCAUGCACCAUUGAAAGCCGCGCUGUGGAACACUUCUCAUUUGUGCUGCUGAAGGACCUGGAGUGGCUGUAUGGCUUCUGCCGACACUCUCCCGACGACAACACGGCCGUGGUGCUGCUGAGCGCCCUGCCCUGGCAUGAUCUGCUCUACAAGCUGCUGGACCGGCUGCGGCAGGUGAUGGUGACAGGCGGCCAGGCGCUGCUACAGGCCACGCUGACGACGCUGUACCACACGCCAGUACCUGCGGAUGGGGCGCGUCUGCACGUGCAGCUGCCCGACGGCCUGGCGUUUAGCGGCGUCUGCCCCGAUCGACACAGUCUGCCUGCGCUGCUGGAAGACCGUAACCUCACCGAAUACUGGAGUGUGGUGGACGACAGCGCCAUGGUGGAGGUGUUCACCGCACUGCUGAACGAACGCCACGUGCUGGUGACGUCAUCCCGAGUGUCCAGGCUGAGCGCCUGCGUGCAGGCGGCGCAGGCGCUGCUCUACCCGCUCUGGUGGCAGCGCAUCUUCCUGCCGGUGGUGCCGGCCGCCCUCAGCGACUGUCUGGCGUCGCCCGUGCCGUUCCUGGUGGGCGCGCCGGCGGCGGUGGCGGCGCGGCUGGAGCCGGCCGAGCUGCCCGACGGCUGCGUCCGACUGGACGCCGACACCAGCUGCCUCUCCUCGCCGCUCGGCGAUAUGCAGGCCCUGCCCGCCGACGUGGCGGCCACUCUGAAGCGCCAGCUGCGCCACUCGGGCUCCGGCGACGGCGUGUCGCGCGCCUUCCAGACGGCCGUGGUUCAGCUGGUGGGCGGGUACCGGCACGGUAUCAGAGUGCCGGAGGGCGGCGGGCGGGCGACGUUCGACGAGGACGCGUUCGUGCAGAGUCAGCCGUCCGGCCGGCGGCCCUUCCUGCGCUCCCUGAUCAGGACGCAGAUGUUCGAGCGGCUCUGGCUGGGUAUCCCGGCCCGGGCCAGUCUGGCAAAGGUUCGCCAGUGUGUGCUGGUCCGGCUCCAGUUCGCCAGCACGUACGGGUUCGUGCUGACCUGA